CUCCUUCGUCGCCGUCCGUCCCUCCUCCGUUCUCGCGAGCGAGCGAAGAUGGUGUUGGCACAGUUAGGCGGGACCAUAACCCGCGCGAUACAGCAGAUGAGCAAUGCGACGAUCAUAGACGAGAAAGUUCUGAACGGGUGCCUCAACGAGAUCAACCGCGCCCUCCUCAACGCCGACGUCCAGUUCCAGCUCGUCCGCGACAUGCAGAACAACAUCAAGCGCAUCAUCAGCAUCGACGAUCUAGCCGCCGGGCACAACAAGCGCAGGAUCAUCCAGCAGGCCAUAUUUAGUGAGCUGUGCAACAUGUUGGAUCCGGGGAAGCCUUCCUUUACUCCUAAGAAAGGAAAGACAAGUGUCAUUAUGUUUGUUGGUUUACAAGGAUCGGGUAAGACCACGACGUGUACCAAGUAUGCACAUUAUCAUCAAAAGAAAGGUUGGAAGCCAGCUCUUGUCUGUGCCGAUACUUUUAGAGCUGGUGCCUUUGAUCAGUUGAAGCAGAAUGCCACCAAAGCUAAAAUUCCAUUUUAUGGAAGUUACACGGAAUCGGAUCCUGUGAAAAUUGCUGUUGAAGGUGUGGAGACACUUAAAAAGGAAAAUUUUGAUCUCAUAAUUGUUGACACAAGUGGGCGUCACAAGCAGGAGGCUGCUCUUUUUGAAGAAAUGCGUCAAGUUUCUGAAGCAACGAAACCAGAUCUCAUUGUAUUUGUUAUGGACAGUAGCAUUGGUCAAGCUGCAUUUGAUCAAGCACAGGCAUUCAAGCAAAGUGUUCCUGUUGGGGCUGUCAUUGUGACUAAGAUGGAUGGUCAUGCAAAGGGUGGUGGUGCUCUUAGUGCUGUCGCGGCAACGAAAAGUCCUGUGAUCUUUAUAGGUACUGGAGAGCAUAUGGACGAGUUUGAAGCGUUUGAUGUUAAGCCUUUCGUCAGCCGGCUAUUAGGUAUGGGCGACUGGUCUGGGUUUAUGGACAAAAUUCGCGAAGUGGUGCCUGAAGAUCAACAGCCUGAGCUUCUACAGAAGCUUUCCGAAGGGUACUUUACCUUGAGAAUUAUGUACGAGCACGUUCAGAACAUUCUUAAACUGGGUCCGAUAGGCCAGGUUUGCUCCAUGCUGCCGGGGUUCAGUUCUGAAUUGAUGCCGCAGGGUCGAGAGAAAGAAAGCCAGGCGAAGAUCAAAAGAUACAUGACCAUGAUGGACUCAAUGACAAACGAAGAGCUAGACAGUUCAAAUCCAAAGAUCGUGAACGAAUCGAGAAGCGCGCGGAUAGCGAGGGGUUCUGGUUGUGACGUCGGCGAAGUCAUGGAAAUGUUGGAAGAGUAUAAGCGGCUCGGGAAGAUUUGGCGCAACAUGAAGGGGGUUAAGAUCCCGACGCGGGGCGCUAUGAAUACACGGUCUCGGAACAUGUACGCGCAACGCAUGAGCAGAGCUCUCCCACCUCAGAUGCUACAGCAGAUGGGUGGCAUGGGAGGUUUACAGAAGUUGAUGAAGCAAAUGGAACAGUAAUCCGUUUGGUGACGCAAUUUCAUUUUUCUAUUUCCGGGAUAAAUUUUUAAUCCAGAAAUAGGUUUGGAACAGAAAUGAGAAGUAGAAAUUUUUCUACUUCAUCGAGUGACAAGCGAUACGGCGCUAUGAUUUAGACUAGGGAGAGCGAGUUCUGGUGGGAAGGUUCGAUGCAUUUGAUUCGCAUUCUUGUGUAACUAAUCAAAAAGCUGCCUGGAAUAGUUAGGUACAAGAUUUUUGUUCUUUGAGUUAGGAUGAUGGAAGAGCAGGUGCAUACUUAUUUCAUAGAGUCAGCUUAAAUG